AUGAGGCCUCUGGCGAUCGGGAGUAGGAAGAACCGCGGCGUAUCCCUGGGGCUCCUGGCCCUCUUCCUGGCCGCAGCCCAGUGUCUGCAAAGUCAGGGCGUGUCACUGUACAUCCCCCAGUCCGCCAUCAAUGCCACGGUGGAGGAGGACAUCCUGCUCUCGGUUGAGUACUCCUGCCAUGGCAUCCCCACCAUCGAGUGGAAGUAUACGUCUAACUGGGGAGCGCAGAAGCUCGUCGAGUGGAAGCCAGGGACUCAGGCCAACAUCUCCCAGAGCCACAAGGACCGACUCUGCACCUUCGACAACGGCUCCAUCCAGCUCUUCAGUGUGGGCGUGAGGGAUUCCGGCUACUACGUCAUCACGGUGACGGAGCGCCUGGGGAGCAGCCAGUUUGGCACCAUCGUGCUGCACGUGUCAGAGAUCCUCUACGAAGACCUCCAUUUUGUUGCCGUCUUCCUCGCUUUCCUCGCUGCUGUGGCUGCGCUGUUAAUCAGCCUCAUGUGGGUGUGUAACAAGUGUGCAUACAAAUUCCAGAGGAAGAGAAGACACAAACUCAAAGAGAGCACCACCGAGGAGAUCGAGCUGCAGGAUGUGGAGUGUUAG